GGCAGACUCAAGCGCACAGAGCAUAGCAAGCGUCGUUUCAGCGGAUAAUGGCACCCAAGAAGGAGACCCAGGUGAAAAAGCCGACUGCUCUCCCUGACACGGCAGUUCCCGCACCGACUAAGGCACCUGCUCCGGCCACAGCACGACCGGUACCAGCACCCAAACCGCCGAAACUCACCGAGCCCCUGUUUGACAUCGCCAAAGUGGUAAUUGAAUUUAAACAGGAUCAGAUUUAUGAGUUCAAGGAGGCUUUCCUCCUGUUCGACCGGACCGGCGAUGGCAAGAUCCACUACAGUCAGUGUGGGGAUGUGAUGCGCGCGCUGGGGCAGAACCCCACCAACGCAGAGGUGCUGAAGGUGCUGGGGAACCCCAAGAGCGAGGAGAUGAACCACAAGACACUGGACUUUGAGCAGUUCCUGCCCAUGCUGCAGGCCAUCGCCAAGAACAAGGACCAGGGCAGCUUCGAGGACUUCGUGGAGGGGCUGCGCGUCUUCGACAAGGAGGGCAACGGCACCGUGAUGGGCGCGGAGCUGCGCCACGUCCUGGCCACACUCGGUGAGAAGAUGACGGAGGAGGAGGUGGAGACGCUUCUGGCAGGACACGAGGACGCCAACGGCUGCAUUAACUACGAAGCUUUUGUGCGACACAUCAUGUCAGGGUGACGGGUCAUUGGAACUCGUUCGGAUGGUGAUGAGUGGAUAAAGAAUUCAAGAACUUUGUUUUUUUUUUUUCUGAUUUUGGUUUUAUUAUAUUUUUUUCCACUUCCUUUUUAUUUUAUAAAGUGCCUUUUCUGCCUCUGUAAACCUGCCCCUCCCUUCCCCUCCCCUCCUGUAUAACUGAAAACCUCCCUGGCCCUCGAUUUAAGAGACACGCAUGAACAAGCCAUUCAAACAAACAGAAUCGGUCCUUUUAGAGUCUCGCGGGAAAGGUGUACGCCAAGACGAGCUGCAAUUGGUGGAUUCACAGAGCGGACCUGACGAGGGAUUGGCUAAGCUGGGACUGCCCCUCCUUCCACCCUGUUCGUGAUGUCUUGCACAUUGCUAAAUGGAAUUGACAUAAGUUAUUACUCUGUGUUCCAUUGCAUUCAUAAAAUAAAACUUUGAAUUUCCAAAAA